GACGAAGACUAUGGAGCUUUAAACUAAAGGCAACUGCCAACUUCAACCUAACCCAUAAGGAAAUAACAAUUAAACAAGCAGAAACUGACCUAAAGUUUUCGGUUGGGGCGACCACGGAGAAUAAAAAUCCUCCUUGAAGAAUAGGGCCUACCACCCUUAACCAAGAACCACCAUUCUAAGUAACAAAAUUUAUGACUAUAAUUGAUCCAGUCCUACUGAUCAACGAACCAAGUUACCCUAGGGAUAACAGCGCAAUCCAUUUCAAAAGUUCCUAUCGACAAAUGGGUUUACGACCUCGAUGUUGGAUCAGGGCAUCCCAGUGGUGCAGCCGCUACUAAAGGUUCGUUGUUCAACGAUUAAAGCCCUACGUGAUCUGAGUUCAGACCGGAGUAAUCCAGGUCAGUUUCUAUCUAUGAAGUAUUUUUUCUAGUACGAAAGGACCGAAAAAAUGAGGCCAAUGUUUUAAUAAGCCUCUCUCUAUAUCAAUGUAGUCAACUAAAUUGAAAAUAGAACUAAUACUCUGCCCAAGAUUAGGGCUAGCUAG